CUAUUAGGAGGAAUGCGGUAGUGAUGUAUAGUCUGUGAGAGAUGUGGCCUGCAGUGUGCCCAGCACUGCCUCUGGUGCUGAUGCUGCUGCUGCUGCUGAUGCUGUGAAGGAGGAACCUGUCUCCCUCUCUCCCUCUCUCUCUCCAGAUCCAAACUGAUGCUGAGGAUUUGCUAACCUGGGGAUGCACAGCUCUGGGACUUGGCUUCAUUAAGGAAUCUACUUCUUUCUGGACCAGGCACAAGAUUUGGGGAGGAAAAAAAAAAAAAAAAAGAAAAGAAAAUAAGGGGUUAAAAAAAAUAACCCUACUUGAAAUACACACACAGAGCCAGCAAGGGAAGGAUUCAGUCCAUGCAACAAGAGGAUGAGUGUGUGAUCAGAGGGCAGUCUUGGAUAAGCCUCCAAGCUCUGCUCGUCGAAGAGAGAGGCAAUUCACUCCCGAGCCGUGUCUUUUUCCAGAGAGAUGAUUUGACGCGUGAUUUCUAGUCUUCUUUCAGGUCCUGCCACUCACCUGACGAUGUUACGGUGUCUCUGACUUGGAUUUAGGAUUUCCGAUGAGAAGACAUGCACUUCUUCAGGGUUCAGUGAAGCAAACGGAGUCAGCUCGUGGCAGAAAUGAACAGGAGAUAUAAGUUGGGUUAUCAUAUCUGAAGGCCGAGCUAUUUUUUUUAAAUAUUUUUUGAAGAAGAGAGCUAAAUGAGCCUGACUGAGACACCGGAUCUGUGUGAAGACGAAUAAGGAUACAAUAGGAUGUCAACUGAGACAGAACUUCAAGUGGCUGUGAAAACCAGCACGAAAAAAGAAUCGAAAAAGAAAGGUCAGGAACGCAGCGAAGCCACUUUAAUAAAAAGGUUUAAAGGGGACGGUGUACGGUACAAAGCAAAGUUAAUUGGAAUUGACGAGGUUUCUGCGGCGAGAGGAGACAAGUUAUGCCAGGAUUCAAUGAUAAAGCUCAAGGGGAUUGCCGCGGGUGCACGAUCGAAAGGUGAACACAAGCAAAAGGUCUUUCUAACGGUCUCGUUCGGGGGAAUCAAAAUCUUCGAUGAGAAAACUGGUAUUCUUUAUCAUCACCAUGCAGUUCAUGAAAUUUCCUACAUUGCCAAGGAUAUCACGGACCAUCGGGCGUUCGGAUACGUGUGCGGGAAAGAGGGAAACCAUAGAUUCGUGGCAAUAAAAACCGCGCAGGCAGCUGAGCCGGUAAUCUUGGAUUUACGAGACUUGUUCCAGCUUAUCUACGAACUAAAACAGAGAGAAGAAAUGGAGAAAAAAGCCCAGAAAGAUAAGCAAUGUGAACAAGCAGUAUAUCAGACAAUUUUGGAAGAAGAUGUAGAAGACCCCGUGUACCAGUACAUAGUGUUUGAGGCUGGCCAUGAGUCCGUCCGUGAUCCAGACAGCGAUGAAAGCAUUUACCAGGUUCCUACCAGCCAUAAGAAAGAAGGUGUAUAUGAUGUGCCAAAAAGUCAACCCAUAAGUACCACAGACUUGAUAAGUUUUGACGACAACCCUUGUGAUGUCAACGAGGCUGUUACCCAAUUAGCGCUUUUUGGAGAUAUGUCUACUCCUCCUGACAUAACGUCUCCCUCUACUCCUGCGACUCCAGGUGAUGCUUUUAUGACAUGUUCCCAGCUCUUCCCUGCAACCGCUCCCAUGUUUGGAACCCUUCCUUACAACCCUCAUUUACCAUCAGGUUACGUUGCAAUGGGAGCUGUCCAACCUUCCUUUUGGGGGCAACAACCAUUAGUUCAACCACAGAUGGUCCUGGGUGGCCAACCCAACGUUGCUCAGGUUAUGCAGGGAGGCCAAACGAUAGCUUGGGCUCCGCCAGGCCUUUACCCGACUCAACAACCGCCAUGGCCGACUCUGCCUGGCCAGUUUCCACCCACUGCCUUCAUGCCAACACAAACUGUUUUGCCUUUUCAAGCAGCCAUGUUUCAAGGUACUAGCGCUCCUGUAGCCGCUGUUCAACCAACUAGUGACUCCAUGCGAUCGAGUCCACUGCGACCCGGACAGAAAUUAGAGAAAGAUAUGUUUAAAGAUUUUCAGAUGGUAAAUCCUCCCCCGGUGCCAUCAAGACAGCCGGACCAGCCUUCCCUUUCAUGUACCUCAGAGGCCUUCUCAAGUUAUUUCGACAAAGUUGGGUUGGCUCAGGACACAGACGACUGCGACGACUUUGAUAUCUCACAGUUAAAUUUGACGCCGAUGACUUCCACAUCACCGUCUACAAAUUCACCGCCGACGCCGGCCCCGAGGCAGAGCUCCCCAUCGAAAUCGUCAGCGUCUCACACAAGUGAUCCCAACGCAGACGACAUCUUUGAAGAAGGCUUCGGAAGCCCGAGUAAAAAUGUAGAACAAGAUGCACCUGAUGCACCUCAGGCCUCUUCCUGCACUGACCUAGGUGAGCCAAGCGGUGAUACUAUAUGCCCCCAGGUCGGUAGCUAGAUAGCAAAGCUUGGGACCAGAUCAGAAGAAGCUGUCUAUGCCCAGAUCAAAAGACCUAAGAAAUAGCGCUAUAUACAGCAUAUGGCGCUUUCAAGACUCGACUGAACCUCUCGGCCGGCAAACAGAAACUGCAACAUUCUUUCAAUGGACCGUCGCGAUGGGUUUUACCAAUGUACCGAUCGGAAGAGUUUGAUGGCAAAGUCGGUGCGACACAGGAUCUCUAACACAGAUGGACCGUAAAUCUCUGUUGAGGGAGUUGAUUUUCAAUUUUUUUUUUCAUAAUUAAUAUUUUUUUAACCAGACAUCCUUUUUGAGGAGUUUAGUACCAUACUACACUUUUUCCUUACUUUUUUUUUUAUGAAUAGGUAAUACUAAAACUCUUAAAGUGGAAUAUGAGGAUGACAUUUGCACUGUUUACCUUCUACAGUCAACACCCCCCCCAACCCAUCUCGUCACUCAAAAAUGGUUUGUUUUUAUUUUGUAUUUUUUGCAAUUCACAUUUUUGGGAGAAGAAAAAAAAAUCAAAACUUUGACAAGGCUGGGUAUACUAGAAGAUGAUAUAAUAUAAUUUUUUUAUAACGUUGCCUCUCUGGCCUUGAGAGACCUGACUGAGGAACCUAUGAACCUUCAUGAUCCUUGUAGGCCAGGCGAUCUACUGAACACGAGACAAAGCUGACGCGAAAAGGAAUUUUUCAGAUAAAAAUAAAAAAUCGGAGGUAUUUUUUUCCUCCUGUCAUACCAUGCUGCUGUAAAGCUAUGCAGACAAGCAUUUCCUUCUUCUUGUGCCAUUUUCCAAGACAGGCUUUUUGCCUCGUGGAUCGAUUCUAAAACUUGGAUUUUGAAAACAAAAAAAAAUCAAAAAAAAUCAAAAAAAAAAUCUGACUUUCUCCUGGAACAGUAGAGGCAUGAAUUUUGUUAUAACAAAAAAAAAGACCCAUAAUUACAUUACUUAUCUCUGUCUCUUUUGUACAUUGGAAAAAAAGAACAAAAAAAAAGAAAAAAAAAAAAAAAAGAAAAGAAAUUUGGAUUUUUAUUUUAUAAUCGUAACAUUAAACUCUUCAAAUGAAAAAAAAAAGGCUUUAAGUAAUUAUCAUAAAAAAAAAAAAAUCGACAGAUUUUGUAAAUAUAAAUAUUAUGAAAAAUGUUUUCAUAUUUCCAUUACACUGUAGAACAAAAAUAGAAAAAACAUUUUCGGUGGUUGAAUGGUGUCAUCAUAUUAAAGUUUCAUACAUCACGGUUUUCAAGUGCAGAAUAAUUAGCUUGUCAGAAACGAAUAAAAUGAAUGGGGACCGUUGUAUUAUGCUUUUGUUUGUUCAUGGGAAAUAACACAAUGUAUGUAACCCACACAAAA